GGGUCUGGGAGAACUGCAUACUGGAGGCGGUGGCAGCGAGACAGGUUGGAUACAGGCGCACGCAAUGGCAUCUCCCAGUAAGCAAGACGGAUGUCUACCUCAGGACUUCCCCUUAGCAACGGAGUGGCGGCGCUUGGUUUCCCUAGCUACCGGCCAAGGCGUCCGCUGCGUGGAACCGGCACGGAAGAGCUCGCCUGAGAAGGGAAGAUGAACCAGCCAUGCAACUCGUUGGAGCUGAGAGUGAUGGACGAGGACAUGCUCAAGCAGGCGGUGGGGGAGCAGGGCCCACAGGAAGAGGCUGGGCAGCUGGCCAAGCAGGAGGGCAUCCUCUUCAAGGACGUCCUUUCCCUGCGGCUGGACUUCCAGUGCAUCCUCCAUAUAGACAACCUCUGGCAGUUUGAGAACUUGAGGAAGCUGCAGCUGGACAAUAACUUCAUUGAGAGGAUCGAAGGCUUGGAGAAACUCACACACCUGGUCUGGCUAGACCUGUCCUUCAACAACAUCGAAGUCAUCGAGGGAUUGGACACAUUGGUCAACCUGGAGGACCUGAGUUUGUUCAACAACCGGAUCUCCAAGAUCGACUCUCUAGAUGCCCUCGUCAAGCUGCAGAUGUUGUCCCUGGGCAACAAUGACAUUGGAAACAUGAUGAAUAUCAUCUACCUGAGACGGUUCAAGAACCUGCGGACACUCAGACUCUCCGGGAACCCCAUCGCUGAGGAGGAGGAGUACAAGUUGUUCAUCUGUGCCUACCUGCCUGACCUUGUCUACCUGGACUUCCGGCGCAUCGAUGAGCACACGAGAGAGCUGGCAGAGAUGAAAUACCAGUACAGCAUUGACGAGCUGAAGCACCGGGAGAACCUGAUACAGACCCGGCAGGAGGAAGAGCAGGCUUGGCAGAAUUUGCUGGCGGAACACAAGGCCGCGUUUGUCGAACACAUGAACGGCUCCUUCCUGUUUGACAGCAUGUACACAGAGGACGCAGAGGGCAACAAGCUGGCCUACCUGCCCGGCGUCAGCGACCUCGUGGAGGCCUACAAGGACAAAUUCGUUAUCAUCUGCAUGGACAUUUUCGAAUAUGGACUGAGCCAGCAGGAGAAGCGGAAACUAGAGCUUGACACCUUCAACGAGUGUAUCUAUGAGGCGAUCCAGGAAAACCAGGAGCAGGGCAAACAAAUGAUCACUAAGUUUGAGGAGAAGCACUUGCUGAGUUUAAGUGCCAUUCGGAAUGAAACUGAUCUGACCGUCAUUGAGACAAAGAUCACAGAAUCCUACGAGGCCAUCAACGAACUGUUCGACAUGCUCAUGACACUGGAGAUGCAGUUGGUAGAACAGCUGGAGGAAGCGAUAAACAUGUUUGAAAGGAACAUCAUUGACUUGGUGGGAGCCUUCAUUGAGAAUGUUCAAAGCCUAAUGGCUCAGUGCCGGGACCUGGAGAACCACCAUCACGAGAGGCUCCUAGAGAUCUCCAUCAAUACCCUUGAGAAGAUACUCAAGGGCGACCUAGACCAGGAUCUGCCAGACGACUUGCGAGCACUUUUUGUCGACAAAGACACGAUUGUGAAUGCUGUCGGGGCUUCCCAUGACAUCCACCUCCUGAAGAUUGAUAAUCGAGAAGAUGAUUUGGUGACUAGGGUCAACUCUUGGUGCUCACAGCUAGUGGACAAUAUUCACAAGGACGAGAUCAUGAGGAACCGCAAGCGAGUGAAGGAGAUCAAUCAAUACAUCGACCAUGCGCAGAAUGAACUGGACAACCUGGAAUGCGGUGAUAUUAUAGAUUAGGCUAUUAGCUGGGUUGCUCUGGAAAACACAGCACCUGGUUUGGCCAGCAGAGCACACACUUCCCUGCCUCAGAAGAGAAUUGUUGGGGACUCAUGAGUCCCUAAUGCCAU